CAGAGACCUGAGCGAGAGAACAAAUGUGGAUGUCGGCCCCCGAUCAGACGUUGGAUUUGUCAUUUUUCUCUCCCAAUUUCUAUUCUAUCUUCGUUCGGUUUGAGUUUUUGAUUCCUCAAUCAUUUCACUCGUUCGUCCAAAAGUUCGACGAGCAACGACGGAGCAUGCAAGAGCUCCCGCCGUCACCGCGACGCUUCAAUGAUGAAGAGGGCGAGCGGACCGCAGCCCCGGCAGUGGCGAGGUUGAAGGCGGAGAUAGCGGGUCACCCGCUGUUCGAGCAGCUGCUCUCCACCCACGUCGCGUGCCUGCGAGUCGCCACGCCAGUGGACCAGCUGCCGAGGCUCGACGCUCAGCUCGCCCGCUCCAACGAGGUCCUCUCCAACUACUCCGGUGUCUCCGCCGCCGCCGCCGCCGCCGAGGACGAUGCCUCGUACAGAGCUCGGGAACUCCAUCAGUUCAUGACACAAUAUCUAUUGCUGCUGUUUACCUUCAAGGAGCAGCUACAACACCACGUUCGUGUCCAUGCAAUGGAUGCAGUAAUAGCGUGUUGGGAACUCGAGCAAAAUCUUCAGGUCUUGACAGGUGCCUCGCCUGGCGAAGGCACUGGGGCAACCAUGUCAGGCGACGAGGAAGAUCAAACUGAUGGUGACAUCAAUGGGUCUGAUGAAAGUUCAGAUGGAUUAGAUGACAUGGGUUUCGGCCUUCCGAACGAAAGAGAGCGUUCUCUCAUGGAGAACAUCAGGAAGGAGCUGAAGCAAGAACUCAAGCAAGGCUACAAAGAGAAGCUUGCCGACAUAAGAGAGGAGAUUCUUCGCAAACGAAGAGCAGGAAGGCUCCCAGGGGGCACUACCUGUCUUCUCAAAGCAUGGUGGCAAUCCCACUCCAAAUGGCCAUACCCAACAGUAUGUAUUCAUCCCCUGAUCUACUCGAAUGAACUGUUUAUCUUGACCAUGUUUGGUUCGGUUUGGAUGCCACAGGAGGAGGACAAGGUUACACUGGUGCGACAGACCGGGUUGCAACUGAAGCAGAUCAAUAACUGGUUCAUCAACCAAAGGAAAAGGAACUGGCAGAACAACACAUCCUCCUCUGCUUCUCUUAAGAACAAAUGCAGAAGGUACACAAAGGAUGCCUGA